GAGGUACACUGCGUUUUUGUUCCGCCUCAAACGCUUGCCAACAUGAAGAAAGGCUUUUCUAUCACUGCACAGCCGUCACAACUGGCAGAGGAUACAAAUCAGACCCACAAAUAUACCCUACACGGGGGCAAUAUUCACUCUCAAGUAGUGUUUUUUUUUGUUUUGUUUUGCAUCAUUGAGUGUGAGGAAACCUAUUACCUAAAGGAAUGAUUAAAAGGGCUAUUUAAGGACACAUUAGCUUCUAGCAAAGGAUAUACCUGUAAGCCAGAGACAAAGGUUUCAACAUCGUGGUCAGUCAUCAUGACAGCACAUCAGCAACACGUGCCAUUCCUAAUCAUAGCUUUCAUUUUGCUAAGUGGAAGAGUAAAGACCCAGACUGAAGUAGCAACACAAACACCAACCUACCAAUCCCUGACAACUACAGAAGUAACGAACCAGACUGGUACAGAAGUGACGACCCAGACUGACGUUACAAGAUCAACACCAGCACCUACCUACCAAUCCCUGGCAAGUACAGAUGUAACAACCCAGACUGCCUCCAGCAGUGCUGACCCGUGCUACAGCUACACUGUGCUGGACGAACCUUGGAGAGCCACCAACUACUUCAACGUUGCAAAUUUGAAGUGUGAUCAGUAUGUUACAUGGGCUGGCUGGUACAGACUCAAGUAUUAUGGACAGGAUGUCCGGAUGCCAGAGUCAUGUGUUAAUAUGUACAUGUGUGGCACUCACGCCCCCCUGUGGAUCAAUGGUGCUCACCCACAGCUGCAGGACGGAGUGGUUACCCGCCAGAUCUGCGGUCACUGGAACAACGACUGCUGUUACUUCAGAUCCAACCCUAUUCGAGUGAAAGCUUGCCCAGGAAAUUACUACGUCUACGAGUUUGUCCACCCAUCUACCUGUUGGUUGGCAUACUGUGCAGAUGUUGGAUUAGCAUUAGCAACACCAACACCAACACCUGCCAACCAAUCCCUGACAAGUACAGAAGUAACAAUCCAACCUGUCUCCAACAGUGCUGACCCGUGCUAUAGCUACACUGUGCUGGACGAACCUUGGAGAGCCACCAACUUCUCCGACGCUCCGAAUAAGAGGUGUGAUCAAGUUUCGUGGGUUGGCUGGUACAGACUCAUGUAUUAUGGACAGGACGUCCGGAUGCCAGAGUCAUGUGUUAAUAUGUACAUGUGUGGCACUCACAUCCCCCUCUGGCUCAAUGGUGCUCAUCCACAGCUGCAGGACGGAGUGGUCACUCGCCAGAUUUGCGGUAACUGGGCUGGCAACUGCUGUAACUUCAGAUCCAAACCUAUUCGAGUGAAAGCUUGCCCAGGAAACUACUAUGUCUAUGAAUUUGUCAACCCAGCGGUCUGUUGGGUGGCGUAUUGUGCAGAUGCUGCAACAGCACAUGGACCAAUGAACAUCCAGCCACUGCCAGAGCAUGUUAUUGCACUGAGGAUAAGAGUUUCUUCAGUAAAUAACCUUGAGCAGUCAUCCUCCAGUGAGGGUUUUUUUGAAUGAGCUUAAGAAAGAACUGAUUAGAAAAGGCCUCCCUGGAAACUUUACUCUACAUCUGAAUAAAGUCUCAAAAUGGAAUGAUGGGAAUUAAGCCAAACAGAAACCUGAAAGCUGAUAAAUCACUUGCUGCUCUCUUCUGAUCUCUGCCUUGAACAGAUUUAAUUGCAGGUUAAUCAUUUGCUUGAAAAUGAUGUGAAAGUUUUUACAACGUCAGAGUGGUACAGUUAAAAUGUCAUUCUGUUAUGGUUGAAAUGAUUAUAUUACCUUGGCAUUCUCAUAUGUUUGUACUGCACUUUACAAUAGUGUAAUCAAAAAUCUGGACAUCAUAAAGGACAAACACUCCAUAAACAGAGAUUUCUGCUAAGAAUGUCUAAACACUUCUAAUGGUUACAGCCAAAUCGCCCAACUCAUUCUUUAAGUAAUUGCAGAACUUAGAAAGUAAAAAGCAUAAUCUGAUUUUGUUUUAGAAAAGCUUAAGUCAUCUUUCUCUCUGUAACACCUCGCCAAUAAACAUUUACAACAGUUAGACUUUAAUACUUAAACUGACACUUUUGUGUUGAUUUAUGUGCAUUACCCCUGAUUUACAGAUAAAUAGCUAUAUAGAUAUAUAGAUUCUUAGAUACAUACAUAUAGUCAGUUCUAUAAUUAUUGGCACCCUUGGUAAAAUGGGUAAA